AUGACGACCGCUUUUGACUCGAUGUAUCUUCCGGGAAGCGACAUGUUCGCUUCCCAUGAUGAGUUCUUGGAUUUUGACACCAACUUCCAGCAUACCGCUGUGAACUCCGGGCUCGAGCAUCAUGAUGGCACAAUUUCUCCAUCCGACCUCUUCAACGAUGACUCUAUAGUCAUGUCGGCCCCGCCAUCGACAGCUUUUCCCAAUUUGAGCACUCCGGAUUCCGCUUAUCUUGAGUCUCCAGCCACGGGCUUGAACACUUCUCCUUUGGAGGAUGGUCUACUCGACGACCAACUCAAUUUCCAUGAUCUUGAUAGCAUGGCUCCACUCUUCCCUCCGGGUGACAGCUUUGAUCAGUUCGCUCAGUCUGCAGUUCUUCCUGAGCAAUCUGUGGGCCGAAGCUUGAGCGCCGUUAACUCUCGACCACCGUCGAACGCUUCUCCCAUGAUCCGACAGAAGUCUUCUCCUGGUCGACCACCCUCCAUUCCUUUCAGUCACGGUCGGAAGCACUCUGAUACUUAUGGUAUCAACAAGGCCAAGAGCCGUAAGUCCUUGCCAGAGAUCACGAUCGACAGCGAGGAUGACAAGGAAACUGCGAAGCGGAAGAAGAAUACUGCGGCUGCACGUAAGAGUCGUAUGCGCAAGCAGGAACACGCUGAAGCCAGCGAUGCCGAAAUUCAACGUCUCCGAGCAAUGAUUUAUCGAAUGGGUGGUGAUCCAGACGAAGGGCAGUGA